CAGUGCAAUGUCAGCCCCAGACAAUUUGAGAAGGUGUCAAAAGCAGAUGCUCUCUCUUUGAAUACUGACACCCUGAACCAUGGAGGUCUGAAGACUCAAUUGUCAGGCCCAGUCCAGCACCCACCCUCAGCUGGUGCCCCUCUCCCAGUAGAGGGGCAGUAGAGAGGACAUCGGAGCCAGGGAGGAAUGACAGAAUCGCCCCAAAAGUGCCUUCUUAAAGAGAAACGCCCGCAUCCUGGCCAUCAGAGGGAGUACCCAGGCUGGGCAGCUAUUCAUUACCAGCUCUCCACAGAGAACAAUGACAUUUUCCCUGGGUCCAACAGUCAUCCCUGGAGAAACCCUGUGGCCCUCUGUCUCAGUUGUGAUGCCAUUAGCACCACCUGUGAUGAAGUGUGAGCUCUGGACCUUCCUGGCCUUCCCCUCCACCAAGACCUACUUCCCGCACUUGGAUCUGAGCCGCGGCUCCGUCCAGGUCAAAGACCACGGCCAGAAGGUGGGCGACGCGCUGACCCUCGCCGUCCACAACCUUGACAACCUGCCUGGCGCCCUGUCUGCUCUGAGCGACCUGCAUGCGCACCAACUGCGGGUGGACCCUGUCAACUUCCAGCUCCUGGGCCACUGUCUGCUGGUGACCCUCGCCCGGAACUACCCAGGAGACUUCAGUCCCGCCAUGCAGGCCUCGCUGGACAAGUUUCUGAGCCUCGUGACCUCAGCGCUGGCCUCCAAGCAUCUCUGAAUUGGAGAUAUGGUCUACCUAGAUUGCCCAAACUGACCUUGAACUCCAGGACUCAAGAGAUUCUCCUGCCUCAGACUUCCAAGUAGCUGAGAAUACAGGAGCUCACCGCCAAUCUUGCUUCAUUUCAUAGGUUUAUUGAUAAUUUCUACACGUUUUCUGGAAUGAUCUUUGUCAGUUAUUCCCAUAAAUCAUUUGUCCUUUUCUUCCUUUGUCAUUUUUCUGGUUUGCUUUUUCAAGUGCUCAAAAUUAAAGCCAGGGGCCUUGUUACUGGAUUUUUUUUUCU